GAUCAGUAAGGAUAAAGAAAGGUGUGAGUGAGGAGAAGAAGAAGAGAAGAAGCAAUAACAGGAGAAGUUGUGUGUGAGGGAAGGAUGAUGAUCUGCCACACAGACACAGUACUAUAGGCUGAAGCACAGGAUUAAUGACACAGAGCUGACACAGGGGCUCUCGGUAGCAGCUGCUCCACUUCUAAAAGUGUGGAAUCCUGGACCUACCUCCUAGCAGGAGUGUGUGUGUGAGGCACAGAGACCAUGGCAACAGAAAUGGAGGCUGGGAUUCAACAGGAAGGAGAAGGAAGUGGAGCUACAGCAGAAUUGAGCCACAGAGCUAACACUCCAUGCGCAGGAAUUGUCCAAGCGCCUGAACAGCCCAAGCAUAUUUCAGAAGAGCCAAAAGGCAUAGAGAACACUGGAUUUGUUGGGGAUCCUCCACCUUAUUCUCCUCCAGACCCAAAGAUUGCACACCUGCUGUACCCAAAUUAUCAGCCUAACUUUUCUGGCCCUAUGCCAGUCAUGUACCAGCCCGGACCCCCAAUGCAAAGUGCCUACGCUCAACAGAACCUGCCGCCAGGAUCAUACCCCUAUAUCAUAAAUGACGGCUCGCUGAACAUGUCGCCUUUGCAGCCAGAAGUGAGGACUAAAGAUUACAUGGUGGAGUCCGUGCUGGUCAUGUUCUUCUGCUGCUUUUUGACUGGAAUCAUAGCCGUGGUUUAUUCUCAUGAGACCCGGACCGCUCUGAGGAGGGGCGACGUGCUGCAGGCACAGGAGUCUUCCCGUAAAGCGCGCUCCCUUGUCCUCUUCAGUCUGCUCUUCGGAGUCUUUGUCUCCAUCAGCUGGAUUAUAUACGUGGUGGUGACCAUCUUCUUAUGAUGGAGGAGUUGCUGAGAACUGCCCCAUUUUCUGCAGAAUCCUACUGUAUUAAACAUUGUGCUCAUCUGAAGAACGCAAUCCGUUAUAAGCCCAUCUGGUUAUCCCGGACUCCAGUGCUGGGAGGAAAGAAACUGUUUAUAGGAUGAAUGCUGCAAUAUAAUUGUGCUGCUCAGGUAACAGAGGAAUGUGUAUAUGUACAGAAAACAUUGAAAUAAAAUAUACUUUUUUUUAA